UAACAGACGAGAGGCAUGUCUCUUGAAGGACUCGCCAGGCAGUUGACAUUAUUUGCGACAUUCCCGGAGUAAUUGUAUCUGAGGAAAGGAGUGUGGAUACAGAAUGACUAAGACCCCUCCACACAGGCGAGGAAUAACAUUUCAGGUUGGGGCUCCGCUGGAAGCCAGGGACAGCCUGAAGAACUGGUAUGCAGCCAGCAUUGAGAAGAUAGACUAUGAGGAUGAAAAGGUUCUGAUUCACUACAGACAGUGGAGUCAUCGGUAUGAUGAGUGGUUUGACUGGAGUAGUCCAUACCUGAGGCCUGUGGAACGGAUCCAGCUGAGAAAACAAGGCCUUCGAGAGAACUCUCCAGCUCCAGGUUUUCAUGUUAAUCAGAAAGUUUUGGCCAGCUGGUCUGACUGUCGCUACUACCCUGCCAAGAUCCUGACAGUCAACAGAGACUCGUCCUACACAGUGAAGUUUUAUGACGGAGUGGUUAAGACCGUCAAGGGGAUUAAAAUCAAGCCUUUCCGUAAGGAGAGCUCAGAAGGAAGGACAGGCCAGUAUGGACGCAGAAGGUCCGACUCAACCAGAAAAGACUGGAAGCCCAGAGAGAACGGCAGUUCCCGCAGUAACGGCUCCAGACACAGCGCCAGUGCCUCAGACCAGGAUGCGGAGAGCGAAUCAGAGGACGAAGAGGAGGUGGGAAAGGAUAUGGAGGAGGACAGGAACCUAACGAACGGCUCGGCAGAUCAUGAUAAGGUGACAGAGGGGGCAAACGGAGGGGAACACCAAAACAGCACAUCUUGUGAGGAAGACAACGGUGGUGAACCGACAAAGACAGAAAGAAAGGGAGAGAUUGAGGAUUGUCACCCGGACAAAAGUGAGGUGAAUGGAGUCGGGGAGGAGAAUGGGAGCGAGGGAAACGAUGAAGAGAAGAAGGAGAAAGAAGAUGGAUUGGAGGAUAGUGCUGGUCUGGCCAGGAGGACCAGGAGCAGACAAGCAGAUGGAAAGGAUGCAGAGAGCAAGCCAAACGUCCCAGAGCUUAGGAAAAGACGAGCGUCCCUGGGCCAAACACCUCCAGCAAAAAGAAACAGAGCCAACUCAAGCACAGACCGAAGUAGCCGAUCCCAGAGUCAGAAGCUGUCCAGAUCAGACUCCGUCCCAGCGACAGCCAGCCCAGAGGAAAGAGACUGUAAGGGCCCAAUGGGGACAGCUGAGGCCACCGCAGCUAAAGCAGACACUGGGGCCACGCCAGACCUCGCAACAUUGCUUAGACGCCAAGUCCACCUCCCGACCACCAACAAAUACAGCAGAGAGCCAUUGUACAGAGUCAUCAAGAACCAGCCACCCCCAAUCCUGUCCAUUGAGCUGGAUCAUAACCCAUUUAAGUGCAAAGCGCCAGGCUGUCUCAAAUCUUUCCGGAAAGCCUCACUCUUGCACUACCACAUGAAGUACUACCACGCAGAAUGUGACCUGAGCCCCCCACGCAGCGUUCAGACCAGGGCCUCGGACAAACAGAACUCCAACCAGGAGACGCCCAGGAGACGCCGCACCGUAUCUGCAUCUUUACACACUCCCUCACCUCUGAACGACAGCAAAUCGGGUCACACGCCGUCACCCCCCACUGCCAACGGAGUUCAUCGCCAGCGAUCUGCCUCUCAGUGCGAGAGGAGUAAGGAGAACCAACACACCAACCGCAAAAACCAUGAUGACAGGGAUUGGAACGCCAUGGAAACAGCGGGGAUGAAAGAAAGAGAGAGACUGAGGGAGAAAAGGCAGAAAGAUUUCCUCCGCAUUAAACUGAAGAAAAAGAAGAAGAAGAAAAAGAGGAGUAAGUCAGACUGUCACAGUAGCCAGGAGAAUAUUGGCUCUAAACCUUCCCAUUGCCCUCUGAAUUUGGCUCUCAAAUUGCCCCUCUCGCACAAACACCACAACUAUAUGGACAAGACUUACCAAGAUGGUGAAGACAGCGGCAGCGACUGGUCUACAGAUAGCACAAUGUGGAGUGAGGAGGAGUCAGAGACGGGAUUGGAUGUGAUCACGCCCAUUUCUGAGCAGGGGGUGGAGCCUGUGAGCCACGGCUCAGAGAUAGUUCGAUGUGUGUGUGAGGUACAGGAGGAGAACGACUUUAUGAUCCAGUGUGAGGAGUGUUUGUGCUGGCAGCAUGGUACAUGUAUGGGCUUGAUGGAGGACAGUGUGCCUGACACCUACACCUGCUACAUUUGCAGAGACCCACCAGCAGCCCAGAGACAGAGUCAGCGGUACUGGUACGAUAAGGACUGGCUGAGCAGCGGUCACAUGUAUGGUCUGUCUUUCCUGGAGGAGAACUACUCACACCAGAACAGUCGUAAAAUCUCCGCCACACAUCAGCUCCUGGGCGACGUUCACCGCGUCUUCCAGGUCCUCAACGGCCUUCAGCUUAAAAUGAGCAUCUUACAGACCCAGGCUCACCCAGACCUCAAACUGUGGCGGACGCCGUGGAAACAGAACGACGUGCCACGGAGGAAGGGGACAGGGGACUCAGCGGUGGCCACGCCCUCCCCAUCGAUAGUGGAGGAGCUCAUCGAGAUCGAUAACAUCAAGAGGGAGACGCCUUCACCGCUACCAACAGUCAAUCGCACACCGUCCUUCCAGGACUCGUACAUCAGCAGUGAGCACUGCUACCAGAAACCAAGGACGUAUUACCCAGCGGUGGAGCAGAGGCUGGUGGUGGAAACCAGGGGCGGAUCAGAGCUGGAAGACAGCCUCCGCAGUACCGAGGACCUGCUGGAGAUGGAGCAGAGAUACGGGUGUCCCCUGGAGCCUGACCAGGCUAAGAUCCAGUUCACAGACCAGUUCAGCACAUCCAAAGACACAGAGACCCGUAAGAAGGCGGAGAAAAGCUCUGAGACGGAGGUGAAGAUGGAGAACCCUGACCCUCUGAGCUCCUCUCCUGACCCUGACCUUUUGCUGCACCAGCAGUGGCAGCUGAACCUGCUGGACCACAUCGAAGCUGUUCAGGAUGAGGUCACACACCGAAUGGACCUCAUCGAGAGAGAGCUGGACGUGUUGGAGAGCUGGCUGGACUACACAGGCGAGUUGGAGCCUCCAGAUCCAUUGGCCCGGCUGCCUCAGCUAAAACACAGAAUCCGACAGCUUCUCACCGACCUAGGCACCGUCCAACAGCUUGCAGUCUGCUCCUCAUCCACGUGAGGGCGCCAGAGAGGAGGCAGCAGCUAGGGGGUGAAAAAAAGACUUUGGACUGAACUAAGUGAAACUACAGCAUUGCAAUGUUGGUGUCAAGGCACAAAAGGCUGUAGCUAAAUUUACCCUUGCUCUUCUAUAGGCUUUUGGCUUAAGUAUUUCAUAAAUUACUCUGUAGAGGAAAGACCCCAAGCCUAACUACCACUCAGUCUAGCCAUACCUGAAAAACAGCGCAUUUAUUGAACGGAGGUGCCCACAAAGAAGAGAUAGAGAGCAGAGGUUGAUCUACAGGGGGGCUUUGUAAGCUGUUUGUCUCUAAGCCUGUCUGAGGCCUGUCUAUCUGUACUUUUUGCCACUCCGUUGUCACAAAUAAUGGACUGAAUACUUCAAUCCCAAACAGCCUGGUUUGUGGAAUGCAGGAAAAAGCCUUGUUAUAGCACUUAGGUUUAUGCUCGCCAUUCUACACUAUGGAAUUAUACCGGUUUGUCAGAUUUUGUUUCUGUGAUGUCAUUGACUGACAUUAACUUUUUUUUUUUUUUUUUUUGAUAUCAACCAAUGACAUCUGUAAAGAGAAGUGAAUGAGAAGAAGCUUAGUGAUGGGUGUGGCUCAAAAAGACAAAAGACAAAAGCUUGGUUUCAGUUUUGUAGCUGCUCGGUCAUUUAUGUUAGUAAUAUUUAAAAAAAAACAAA